AUCUCGUCGGACCGCAGAAGCCGGCAAAGACACCCGAUGGUAAGAGUCGCGACCGGGAGGUGAGAAAGCAACGAGUCCGCAGCCCGACAUGCCACCUCACAUGGAGGAAUACUUUGACCACGAGUCCCGCGUGCCCUCUGCUUACGGGCUGACCCGGGAUGACGAGCUGGAGCCGGGCGUCAUCAGCUGCAUGUUGGUGGGCGACGGCGCCGUGGGCAAGACCAGCAUGAUCGUCAGCUACACCUCCAACGGAUACCCGGUGGACUACAAGCAGACCGGCUUUGACGUCUUCUCCGGUCAGGUCCAAGUGGAUGGAUCCCCAGUCAGAGUUCAGCUGGUGGACACUGCAGGACAGGAGGAGUUUGAUAAGUUUCGGUCCCUACCUUACUCACACACGGACGUCUUCCUGCUGUGCUUCAGCAUGGUCAACCCCACCUCCUUCCACAACAUCACCAAGAAGUGGGUGCCCGAGAUCCGCGCCUGCAACUCCACCUCUCCGAUCGUCCUGGUGGGCACGCAGUCGGACCUCCUGCUGGACGUCAACGUGCUCAUCGGCUUGGAUCGCAACAGCGUCAAGCCAGUGGCCAGCUCGCGGGCGCGAGGCUUGGCGGACAAGAUCCGGGCGGCGGAUUACGUGGAGUGCUCAUCGCUCACGCAGAAGAACCUGAAGGAAGCGUUCGACGCCGCCAUCUUUGCCGCCAUCAAGAACAAGGCGCGGCAGGCCAAGAAAAGGCGGUCGUCGGACAGGCGCACCAAGGCCUUCUCCAGAUGCAGCUGGAAGAAGUUCUUCUGCUUUGUCUGAGCUGACCGGGACUGUCGACCCUCUGGGUUGUGGACACAAAUUCUUAAUUUAUGCGCAGCUUUGGUCUGUGAAAGAUUCUGUGUGGAAGUGACUUUCAGGAAAUAGAAUCAGGAGAAGGUUUUGGAGUCCCAUCGAGGACUGUAGUCUUGUUUACGAACACUCUAGGUCAGAAUACGCAGCUACGUGAACCACUACGCUGCCAGUAGUUCGUCUGGGUAAUCUGUUACAUUGGCAAAUGGGUAAAUAAGUUACCUAGCUGCAAAUUGAUACUAUCGCAAAAGCCCUGAAAACGCAGUAUGGAACGUUGUUAGAGCAUUUAUUCAAUAUCCUGGAUAUCCAUCUUUAAGAUCCAUGUACUAGUACGCUCGCUGUCCUCACUUGUAAGAUAGUAUGUAGUCACAUUAUAAAUCUUCCUCUUUAGUCAGAAACCAGGUACUAGUAGGGCACCGAUGUCAACUAGUGCACAGUUUUGUCUCACUAGCAACAUGUCCUACUAGCAUGCAAAAAUGUCAUAAAAUUGUGGAAAAACAUAAGACAGUCAGUUUACUCGUACUCUAUUUCAAAUAUUGAAUCAUCUUACUAGUGAGGACAAAGAGCAUAUGAGUGAUAUUGAAUAAAUGCUCAAACGGCUUUCCAUCGGUAUUCGUUGUAGGUGUUUACAUCUUAACUAAGUGUGGUUUCAGAUGGACUAACCGUGAACAACGAAGUUGUAUUCCUACGUUAGCGAGGUAACACAAAUUUGUACGCAAGUCAGAAAGGUCUAAGCGUACACUGACGUAUGCUAGUGCAGUAGUAAAGUCAUAAUUAAAGUAGAUAUAUGCAUGAAAAAACUUCUAGGAUCAUGCGAAGUUUGAAAUGUGAUCUUUUUUGGUAGUACAGGGAGUCCUCAGUUUAUGACAGAGUUUCGUUACUACGGCUAGCCUGAAUUUGUUCGUAAGUUGGAACGUGCCAUAGUCUAUCAUUAACACAGAAGUUAGAAUUACAGUAAAUAUUUACGUGAAAAAAAAACCAAAAAAAAAAACACUCCCAGCCCCAA